AUGGCACCGUCGCAUAUUCGUCGAUCCCAAGGUCCACCCUUUGAUGAGAACGCGUUCCUCAAAGGCCUUGAAACUCUGAGCCAAACCGAUAAGGAAAAGGAGGCGGGGCACAAUGCCUUGCGCAGCAGGACUUGCGCAACAUUUGGACCACCACUUUAUUCGGCUGCCAGGGGAAGAAGAAGAAGAAGGCAAAGCAAAGGCAGCGACCAGAACAAAAUUCUCAAGCAUCAACAUUUGGAGCAUCCAAUCUUCCCGUUGAAGGUGCCUCCCCUUCACAGAACGACAAUCCUCCCAGGCGAAAGAAAACGCAACAACAAGGAGAAGUGCAAGGCGUUGGCAUUGCUGGUUCAGAAGAGUCAAAAUGCAAAGACCUCUUUGAGCAAAGACAUCACUCCUGCGCCUGGCCCAACGAAGGCACCAAAGAGGAAAAAGGCAACAGCUGCUGUGCCCAGCCCAAGUGCGGCGCCAAAGAGGAGCAAAGACAUCACUCCUGCGCCUGGCCCAACGAAGGCACCAAAGAGGAAAAAGGCAACAGCUGCUGUGCCCAGCCCAAGUGCGGCGCCAAAGAGGAGCAAAGACAUCACUCCUGCGCCUGGCCCAACAAAGGCACCAAAGAGGAGCGAAGAAACCGCUCCGCCCGCUGCGGCUGGCCCAACAAAGGGACCAAAGAGUCCUUUGGUCGCAGGAGCGAAGAGACCGCUGCGGCUGGCCCAACAAAGGGACCAAAGAGGAGCAAAGAGAAGACUGGGACAGCACCUCGUGAGUGAGGAGUGA